AAGUUUGGUUAUCACAAUGGAUGAGAACUCUGAUUGUGAAAUAAUUGAUUUGGUAGAAAGCUGUGAUGUGGAAAUGCCAUUAUUUCAUAGAAAAUCGUUAAAUGAAAACAGAUUUGCAAAAAGAAACUCUUGGGAUGAAUUUCUCUUUACUGAGCUUGAAGAGGAUGAUGAUCUUCCUGAUUUGCAAGGAGGCCAGUGUGUUCUACAAAAUCAGGCUAUUCAUUCUCUUACUUCAGUGCAUCAUAGUGAACAAGAGGAUCUGCCUAUACUGUGUGGUUCUGAAGAUGACAACUCAGAUAUUGAAGUUGUGUAUUCAGAAAACUUAACAAAAGACUCAGAUUAUGCAGCAUUGCCUCUAAUAGGCACAAGAAAUGGUGUAAUAGCACAGCUUGACUUGACUCUGGAUAAAAAUGAAAAUAUGUGUGACAAUGAUGUAGUUGAUUUGACAAAUGAUGAUUCAUUUAUUAUACCUACAAAAUCUGAAAGGCUUCCAUCUCAUGUUCAAAUUCGCAAAUGGCAUGGAAAAUAUAGUCAUGAGGGUUCGUGUGAUGCAGAUCCAGAUUUCCUUGAAAUAAUUGAAGUAAAGAAACACAACCCUUCCCAUCAGUCUCAGAGAAGCGAAAUCCAGAAGCCAUUUGCCAAAAACUUUAAAGCUUCAAAAACCAUUUUACUGUCAAAUAAUGACAUGUUUACCAUGGCAUUAGAAAAAACAUGUACAAGAAUUGAAAAAGAGUUGCUUAAUAGAACAGGCAAGAGGUUUUACAGGAGUCAACAGCACGUUAUGUUUCUUCGCUAUCUAAUAAAUCUUUUAGAACUGGCCAAGUCAGUGGACGAAUUGUAUAAGAAACUGAUAUGCUUAGAGCACAAAGUCAAGUGUUAUUCAAAAGGAGUAUGUUCUAAGUGUCGUUGGCCAUUUACUUUGGAAUCUGCAUUCACAAGUAUUUCUGCGCAAAAUAAUAUGUUGAAGAGCUGCCGAGGCUCAAACGAGUCUCUCAGAGACCUCAUCAUAGCUCCAUUUGAUCUAACAGAUACAGACCUCACUUGGAUUUAUAACAGUACCAAAACCAACGCAGUCCUCACUAAACAAUGGUGGUCCUGGGAGACCACUUUGGAGAUGGGGAUGCAAGUAAACCCUCUGAUGAUGGCACAACCCAACCCAGAAGAGGAGGAGGAGGAUGAUGAUAUGGGUAUUGCAGAAACAUAUUCGGACUAUAUGCCUUCAAAAUUAAAAGUUGGCAUAAAGCAUCCUGAUCAGGUCGUUGAAACUGCAUCGAUGUCUUCAGUGGAGCCACCUGAUGUAUGGUAUGAAAUGGACAUACCUGAUUCCUCAAUUGAUACAGGGAAACUCUCAGCGUUACAGCUAGAGAGCAUCACAUAUGCCUCUCAGCAGCAUGAACAGUUUCUACCAGAUGGAACACGGGCAGGAUUCCUUAUAGGUGAUGGCGCUGGUGUUGGCAAAGGACGCACAAUAGCAGGAAUUAUAUUUGAGAAUUACUUGAAAGGCCGGAAAAAGUCUAUAUGGGUGUCAGUGUCAAAUGACCUUAAAUACGAUGCUGAACGUGACUUAAAAGACAUUGGUUGUGGACAUAUAUCAGUGUACUUUCUGAGUAAAAUGAAAUACGGAAAGAUAAAUUCAGAUCUAAAUGGUAAUGUGAAAAAGGGAGUGUUAUUUGCUACUUAUUCAGCUCUCAUUGGAGAAUCAUCCAGUGGGCAGGGAAAGUAUAAGACACGGUUAAAGCAAAUACUAAACUGGUGUGGUGACGACUUCGAUGGAUGUAUUGUGUUUGAUGAAUCCCAUCGAGCUAAAAAUCUAAGCCCGGGUUGGGUCAGGAAACCAACUAAAACAGGGUUAACUGUUUUAGAAUUGCAAACUAGAUUGCCUAAGGCACGUGUCGUUUAUGCAUCUGCGACAGGAGCUUCGGAACCAAAGAAUAUGGCAUACAUGGUUCGAUUAGGAAUAUGGGGAAAAGGCACUCCAUUCCCAGAGUUCACUGAUUUUAUUAGUGCUGUUGAAAAGAGGGGAGUUGGUGCCAUGGAAAUAGUGGCCAUGGACUUAAAACUUCGUGGAAUGUACAUUGCUCGUCAGUUAAGCUUCCACGGAGUAACUUUCAGAAUAGAUGAAGUUCCUUUAGAUGAAGAUUUUAAACAAAUGUAUGAUGAUUCAGUAAAAUUGUGGGUAGAUGCACGGCAAAAGUUCCAAGAGGCGUCUGAGUUAAUUAAUGCAGAGAAGGGAAUGAAAAAGUCUAUGUGGGGACAGUUUUGGUCUUCUCACCAACGUUUUUUCAAGUACCUGUGUAUAGCAUCGAAGGUGGACCAUGCAGUCAGAUUAGCUCGUGAGGCUGUUAAAACUAACAGAUGUGUCGUUAUUGGUUUACAAUCUACUGGAGAGGCGCGAACAUUAGAACAGCUAGAAAGAGAUGAUGGAGAGCUCUCAGAUUUUGUAUCUACAGCUAAAGGCGUGAUGGAAACUUUAGUAGAGAAGCACUUUCCUGCACCUGACCGCAACCGCAUUAACAAGAUCUUGGGUAUCUCAGAAACAAGUAAAGAGUUCAAAGAUAUAAUUGAUGAAGUUACUGGGAAGACAUCUAAAAGAAAGCCAGUACGACAAGCUGCUCAACGAGCGGCUAAAAGGAGGUUCCGGGAGGCACACUCCGAUAAUGACGAAGACUCUGAUUUUGAGAUGUCAGGUGACAGUAACGGAGAAGAGGAAGAUGAAGAUAUCUAUUCAUCUGAGGCUUCAUCAGACUACUCAGGAAUUAGUGAUUUUGAUGAUGAAGAUAAUUGGGGUCGGCCAAAAAAGCGUGGAAAAGCUAAAAACCAUAAACAGAAGAAUGGAAAAGGCAGAGCUGAAAAUGGGGAUAGGCCCCCUCCACCACCUAAAGAUCAUGUGGAAAAGGCGAAUAAGUUAAAAUCAGAACUCUUAAGAGGAAUUGAAAACUUAGGGAGAAAACUUCCCCCUAAUACUUUAGAUCAGUUAAUUGAUGAGUUGGGAGGGCCAGAAAAUGUUGCAGAAAUGACAGGCCGCAAAGGCCGAGUGGUACAAAGUGAUGAUGGUCAAGUUAUGUAUGAGUCUCGUUCUGAGGCUGAUGUUCCUCUUGAGAUACUGAACAUAAGAGAAAAGGAGAGAUUUAUGGCAUCAGAAAAAGAUAUUGCCAUCAUCUCUGAGGCUGCCAGUUCAGGUAUCUCACUCCAAAGUGAUCGGAGAGUUGUCAACCAGAGAAGAAGAGUACACAUAACCCUUGAAUUACCUUGGUCUGCCGACAGAGCUAUACAACAGUUUGGUCGAACACACAGAAGUAACCAGGUGAAUGCUCCAGAAUAUGUGUUUCUUAUUUCUGAACUCGCAGGGGAACGACGGUUUGCUUCCACUGUGGCCAAGAGAUUAGAAAGUCUGGGGGCUCUAACUCAUGGUGACAGAAGAGCAACAGAAUCCAGAGAUCUCUCAUCAUUUAAUAUUGACAACAAGUAUGGACGUAUGGCGCUGGAGUCAACAAUGAAAACGAUGAUGGGUUACGAACAUCCUAUAGUUCCUCCCCCAGAAGAUUAUAAGGGAGAUUUCUUCUCUGACAUUCAAAAUGCCUUGGUUGGAGUAGGAUUGAUUCUUAAAGAAGAUAAUAUACAUCAGCUGGAUAAAGACUAUAACAACAUGAGCAAAUUCCUAAAUAGGAUACUAGGUAUGCCAGUAGAACUACAAAAUAGAUUAUUCAAGUACUUCACAGAUACACUAGCUGCCAUUAUUAGUCAGGCAAAGCGUACUGGAAAAUUUGAUAUGGGUAUUCUAGACUUGGGAAUAGGGGGGGAAGGGUGUAAGAAGACAAAAACGAAGACAUGGGUAGGUAAGCACGUCACUGGAACAGCUAAGACAGAGCUCCAUACCGUCCUUGUUGAGCGAGGUUUAUCUUGGUCAGAAGUACUUGAAAAAUGGGCUGAACUCACUGGAGAUUUAGAAGGCUUCUACCUCUCCCAUCAGGUACGAAAUAACAAGAAAACUGCUGUACUUGCUGUAUUGGAGCCAUCUCCUGCCAACAAAAAGCGUGAAAAGAAUGCACGAGUGUUCAUUUUAUAUCGACCCAACACAGGGAUGCAGAUGAAGCAAGAACCAUACUCUGACCUCAAAAAGAAGUACAAGAAAGUAACCCCAGAUGAAGCUCAGGAACACUGGGAGGAACAAUUCAAUUCAUCUAGUCACAUAUGUUCACAUGCAUAUUGGCAAGGCAAUUGUCGUCGUGUGAAUAGUGGGCUAGAGUGUGAAAUUGGCCUACGGCGGCGCACAUACCAUGUGCUGUGUGGUUUGGUGUUGAAUGUGUGGGCGAGAGUAGAAGAUGUUCUAUCAUGUGCACCACAAACACAUUCUUCCCCCAAGAUGCAAGUUGUACGACUCAAGACCAGUGAUGGUAUUAAGCUAGUUGGUACUCUCAUUCCAAAUAACUUGGUAUCACGGCUUUGCGAAGUAAUGGAACAAGAAAGUACAGAAUCAUUUGAGGAAACCUUUACCGAUGAUGAAAGUAAUGAUAGCAAAGACAGUAAGGAAUAGUGAAUGUGGAUAAAUGUUAUAUGGAACUGCAGAAAAACAGAAGUGACUGCUUCAGGAGCAAGAAAAAUAAGGGAGCAUCAGUAGCAAUUUUUUGGUUGGGAUUUUAUGAUAGGUGUUAUUGAUAUUGCAAAAUUAAAAAUUAAGUUUGUUAAAUGAUUUUAAUUAGGCAGUUUAUUGUAAUUGCUGCAAACUUCUCCAAACUUACUAGUUUCUUGUCCUGAAUUAUAUAGUGUUAUCAUACCAUUGAAGUAAUCAUAUCAGUGGUUUGUUUCAUGCCACAAGUUCAACCAGAUUUUCAUGAAACAGAGAUAAAGUAAGCAGGUGUAUUGCAGUUUUUGUUGCAUCAAUAGCUAGGUUGUAUUGCUUGAUCAACCACAAUAUCUGUAAUUAGUGUUUGAUUUAUAUUGCUGUGAAAGUGAUGUGGAUGCUCAGGCAAUAUAUAUACUCCUGUAUUCAAUAAGUUAAUUUAACUUCACAUAGUUUGGCCCUGGAUUUCUUGUCCAUGGUUUCAGGUUGACUUGUGGUGAAGAUUGAGGAAGUUAGCUUUGGUAUAGUCAAGUGAUAUUUUCAGGUGAAUUCCUCUCUUGAGGGGAUUUGACGGCAAUUAAUGUGGACAUACGUAGUGUACCUGCUGUGAAGCAAAGAACAUAAUAAUAAAGGAGUGAGCAGAUGCUCUAGUUAUCAAUAUAGUGGAAAAAUGUAGUUUUCAUAGAUUUUGGCACCCAAUAAUUUGCAAUUGUGUAUUAAGUGUGCACAAAUUCAUGUAUCUUGCAUUUCAAGAUUAGUCUUGGAUAAUUGAAUUAUUAUAUUUUACCCCUUAGAUUUAUUUUGUCCUUUGGUCCAAUAUUUCACCAUGGUAGUCCUGAACUAAUUUAAGGAAUAGCAUUUGAGGGAAGUCAUCUUUUCUUAAAAUUCACUUAUUUAUUUUAUAAUAUUCUGCAUGUAAUGUUCUCAUAUUAGUUACUGUUUAAUGUGACUCAUUUUGAAAAAAAGCAUUUGAUGUAUAUAUAUAAUUUGCUUUUUAUUCAUCUAAUGUAUAAACAUGGAGGUAUUCUUUCAUUUACACAGGUUAAAUAAAUGUGCUGUGGAAGGAUGUAAAUUUUAUGCCCACAAGAUUACCUUCACGAUUUAGAAUUCACACAGGAUUUACGAAAGUUUAGCUUUUCAGUAAUAGUUUAUCAGUAAUUUGAAUAUAGAUCAUGCAGUUACAAUGAUUUAUAAGGUAAGCAUUAGUAGUUUGCCCAGGUUAGGAUGUUACAAGACAUGGCCAGCAGGUACUCAUAUUCAGUUUACAGGGCAUUUUUCCAAAGUAUUGUACAAUGUGAUCUCGUAUGACCUGAACAUUGUUUUAUGGCCACAAUUCUGUAGCUUUGUGUGUGGCUGUUGUAUUUGGUUGUUGAUACUUGAAAAUGAUUGGCUUCAAUGAUUUCCUUUGUGAACACGGGUCUUUUUUAAUUCAAUCAGAGCUAAAUGGCAGUCAAUAUUUUUAAACUAUCACAAGUUUUCUCUGCUGCAUGUAAGGCUUCAGAGUUUGGGACAUAAUAUUUCUGGUUGCCAGUUUGGCAGCAGUGUAGAUAGUACAAGUGGUUUCACAAAAGUUGUUGCCAGCAGGAGGGUAAUUAUAUUAAAUGUAAGUUUUAUAUGAAAUGAUUUAUGCGAAUGGUAGCCCAGCAAAUGAUAAAAUCAUGGUUUUGUAUGUUUGUAUAAGAGUUUUGUCAAAUAAUAGGAAUAAUCAUCAGUGUUACGUGUAAUGUAGUUGUCUUUCUUUCAAAAUUAGUAUGUUUAAAAUACAAUAGUACCAUUUCCAGAAGAGAUGUUGUUCAUCUCAUUCCUGUAACAGUUGGACCGAGAGACUGUUUCAUUUACCCUCCUGUUGACAAAAAUUGCAUUUAGUGUUCUUCCAUGUGAGUCAUUGUGAUUAGGUCAGUCAUAUGCCACUCAUACCAUACAGUAGUCACAAUUCCUUCACCAGUGGGUAUUCAUUUAUUGUGUAGUUCUAAAUCAUAUACAGUAUAUUCCUUAUUUCCAAUUAAAAAGGGAUUUUUGUCUUGAGUAUAAAUGUUUCAUCUAUCACAGUUGGCUCUUUUAAGGAUGAACAUUAAUACCAAGAAUGGCCAAAUUAAUGUCUGAAACAAAUUGGCAAGUAACAGGACUUAAGGUUUUCUUUUCAGAUCUCAUUACUAGACAUAAUUUAUAUUCACCCGCUACCCCAUUUUGCAGUUCAUCAUGCUGUACAUUGUAUACGAAAUGCCCUCAUCAGAAGUGACAUCAGCAGCAUUUGGCUCAUGGGGACAAAGGAAAGUUCAGAAAUUUACAUUUGUUUUCUGAAUUACUGUUUAUUUUUUUUUUUAUUUCUGAUCUUAGUGAACAUUUACUGUAUUCUCCAUCAGCCAUUUGCCAACAAGACAUAAGUACCAAUCUUAGUACUGUACUUACAUUGUACUGUACCAAACUGUUAAGUGAAUAUGUAGCAGUCAAUUAUACUUGGAUAUUUGUUUAUUAA